CCAAUUCCAUGCAUUUCCAUGUAAUCCAAAAUCUCUCUCCCUUCUCUGUCCCCAGUUCAGUGUCCAUAGUCUUAAUGAACGCACAAAACACUAAAACAAUCCCACUUCUCCAAAUUUCAAUCUCUUUCUCCCUUCAAUCUUGAGCAGGUGAUGGCGGUCUCAGCCGAUGGCCGGGUGUCACUCUCGGCGGCAGGGCAGCUGCGCAGCACGGCCGGAUUGGCAGGCCGGAGCUGGAAGAUGGCGAAGUUCUGUAACGGGGAGUUGAUGGGGAAGAAGCUGAAGAUGAGCCAUCCGGGUCAUGGGAGGGUCAAUGGAAAGAGUGAUGUCAGGAGCCGUGUGUCCAUGUCUCUCACUGCUGACAUCGCAGGCGAGGCCAAGCUGAGGGACUUGGAGAUGGAAAAGAGGGAUGCAAGGACAGUUGUGGCUAUUAUACUGGGAGGCGGCGCCGGUACUCGUCUUUUCCCUCUUACCAAACGCCGGGCCAAGCCUGCCGUUCCGAUUGGGGGUGCGUAUAGGCUGAUUGACGUGCCGAUGAGCAACUGCAUUAAUAGCGGAAUCAACAAAGUCUACAUCCUCACUCAGUUCAAUUCAGCAUCGCUCAACAGGCACCUCGCCCGCGCUUACAAUUUCAGCAGCGGAGUCACCUUUGGAGAUGGCUACGUCGAGGUUCUUGCAGCAACCCAAACUCCAGGAGAGGCGGGUAAGAGGUGGUUCCAGGGCACUGCGGAUGCGGUUCGCCAGUUCCAUUGGCUUUUUGAGGAUGCGAGAAACAAGGAGAUUGAGGAUGUCCUUAUACUAUCCGGGGAUCACUUAUAUAGGAUGGACUAUAUGGAUUUUGUUCAGAGCCAUAGACAGAGCGGGGCGGAUAUCACCCUUGCUUCUUUGCCAGUAGAUGACAGACGGGCCUCGGACUUUGGUUUAAUGAAGAUCGACAACAAAGGAAGGAUCCUUUCCUUCAGCGAGAAGCCCAGAGGAGCAGAGCUCAAAGCAAUGCAAGUGGAUACCACGGUUCUGGGUCUAUCACGGGAUGAAGCGAAGAAGAAACCAUAUAUCGCUUCCAUGGGAGUCUACAUCUUCAAGAAGGAGAUACUUCUGAAUCUCUUAAGGUGGCGUUUUCCCACUGCCAAUGAUUUUGGAUCAGAAAUUAUUCCUGCCUCUGCCAACGAAUUCUUCAUAAAGGCUUAUCUGUUCAAUGAUUACUGGGAAGACAUUGGGACCAUCAGAUCCUUCUUUGAGGCAAACCUCGCCCUCACCGAGCAUCCACCAAGAUUUAGCUUUUAUGACGCGACAAAGCCGAUAUACACAUCAAGAAGGAACUUGCCACCAUCCACGAUUGACAGCAGCAAGGUUGUUGAUUCGAUUGUGUCGCACGGGAGCUUCUUAAAUAACUGCUUCAUAGAGCACAGCGUCGUCGGUAUCAGAUCGCGUAUAAAUGCUAACGUUCACCUAAAGGACACGGUGAUGCUCGGAGCCGACUUCUAUGAAACCAAUGCUGAAGUAGCCGCGCUGGUUGCAGAGGGAAAAGUCCCAAUCGGCAUCGGAGAGAACACGAAAAUCAAGGAAUGCAUCAUUGACAAAAAUGCAAGAAUCGGGAAGAAUGUCGUAAUUGCGAAUUCCGAGGGAAUACAAGAAGCUGACAGAUCUUCGGAAGGUUUCUACAUCAGAUCCGGCGUCACCGUCACACUGAGAAACACGACGAUCCCGGACGGAUUUGUAAUAUAGACAGGCCGCCCUGUCCUCUCAUUUUGUUCUCCGAUUAGGCGGGGGCAUCACGGGGCCGAGAAAAGACAGAUGAAAACAUAAGAUUAUAUGUCUGCUUGAGAAGAGAAAGGAACAUGUCACUGCAUUUAGCCGGUGUCCUAAAGCC